AUGUUUUUCCGCGCGUCCCUCUUCGGAGCCUUUGGCUCCAGCAAGCGGUGGCUGGCCACCAACCCAGACGGCAGCCUGCGGCCGCUGCGGACGGCGGACUUUUACAAGGCGGGGGCGAUGACGGGGUUUGUGGCGGCGUUCACGGAGGGGCCCAUUGACUUUUUCAAGAGCCAGAUCCAGCCGGUGGCAGAAGCCAGCAGCAGCGGAGACCGAACAGCGGGCAGCAGGGACCGUGCGGCGGGCGGCGGGCAGCGGGCAGCAGGCAGCGAGCAGCAGGUCCAGAUCAUCCGGUCGCGCACCAACCCUGACUACAAGCCGCCGUUCACCUCUGUCAGCGCGGCCGUCAAGUCGGCCAUCCGGGAAAACGGAUUCAGGGGCCCUUUCCAGGGCCUGGGCGCGACCAUCCUGCGCAACACGCCGGCCAACGCCGUCUACCUGGGCACUUUCGAGGUCCUGAAGCGCGCCGCCUCAGAGCGCCUGGGCACGCCGCAGUCCGAGCUGCCGGCCUGGGUCGUGCUGUCCUCGGCCGGGCUGGGCGGCAUCUGCUACUGGGCGGUGAUAUUCCCGGUGGACUGCGUGAAGUCCGCGAUGCAGACCGACAGCAUUGUGAAGUCGCAGCGGACUUACCCGGAUAUGGCCACCACCGCGAGGCUGCUGUGGCAGGAGGGUGGCGUGAAGCGGUUCUACAAGGGCUUCACCCCCUGCAUCAUCCGCGCCGCCCCCGCAAACGCCGCCAUGCUGUUCACGGUGGACCGCGUCACAGCCGCCCUCAACAAGGCGUGA